AAAAAAGAAAAUCUUAGUUCAAAUGGCUGAUAGUGGAUCGAGCUCAUCUAGUUCAAGCUCAGAAAGUUCUAGUUCGUCAUCGUCCAGCUCUUCCUCUUCAUCAAGUGACUACUCGCGUAGAGGAGACCGCCGGCGCCGUCAGGCCCGCAACCGUGAUCGCGAGAACGAGCGCGUGGCUGAGGAAGGCCGAGAUCGUAUCCAAGCCAAUCCCGUCCAUCCGCCUGUUGCCAUGGAUCAGACCUUGCCAGUGAAUGUGGUAGAACAACCAGCAGCUCAAGAGCAUGGGGGACAGCAGCAGCACGAGAUUGAAGGGGGCCUAGACGGACAGCAAGGUCCGGUUGGGGCUCAGCCUAAUCGCGUGGUUCGAGAAUCUAGCAGGAAGAAGGUGCGCCCGUCAAGACGAGAGGGUAAAAGGUUGGUGAAGAGGUUGAGAAAGGGUGUGAGCAACAAGCGUGUGUCGAAAGUCAAGAAGCGCUACUCGGUGUCUUUCAGUGACAAGUUAGGUUUCAAAGUGCCUUCAAUCGAUUUCCCGAUGUACAUGCUACUACAGAAGAAGCUAGGCAGCUCCGCGUCCAAGACCAACAUCAACGAGGUCGAGAAAGUGCUUUACAAGUCGCAGCAGUCUCUUUUGCCCAUGUUCCCGGUCCUCGCCUAUUUGGAGCAUCAGAAUUUGCCAGGUGCUCAAGGGAAGGCAGUGAAAGAUCUGGCCAACCUGGCGGGCAGGGCAUUCUACGACAUGUCAGACAUGAGGCGCAGGAAUGUUUUGGAGAUCGUCGGCCCAAACGUUGUUUCUCUGGUGGAUGAUAGGGACAAGUUCAAGAUAGAAGAGGACAAGGAGCUUUUCGGCACAUCGGUGGUGAAAAAAUUGAGGAAGGAUGAGCAGUUCCUUAUCGACAUCAACAGCCUAGAUUUGGGAAAAUCAAAAUCGAGAUCGGUGAAGGAUCGUUUGGCCCCACCGCCAUCGUCCCCUGGUGAUAGCAGACGACGCCAAUACAACAACUACGGCAACAACGCGACCAACCAACUUGGCUACUAUCGUUAUGACCAGGGCGGCUCCGGUGGAGCUCAACAGCAAGGCGCUCCUAUCCAGCCCAACCAGGCCGGAUCCUUCGACUUUCGUCGCAACAACGGUGCUCCCCCGACUAAUCCGAACGACGCCGGUCCAUCCAACGGAGGCUGGUUCAACAGAGGAUACGCUAAUGGCUAUUCGCGCGGUAGGGGAGGCAGAGGAGGAAGCCGUGGUCGUGGAAACUUUUGAAGUUGCAAGAUAAACCCACCACCCACCCAUUGUAUUAUUAUUUAAAAUGGUCUGAAGAGGGGCGUGAUGAUGUAGUACCGACGGGGAGUUAUUUUCUUACCCUACCCCCUUUCAAAUGCUAGAAUACAAUUGG